UGAGACCUAGUUAACCACCCGCGGUUCAUUUCAUCUCACCCAAGUGCAAAGUGCAAGACAUAUAUUGCAACGUUUUCUCUGGAUCGGUUCUUUCGUAUUGACUGUGCACCUGCAGGCCACCAUAUUCAUAUACACAUAGGCCAUGUAAAAUUAUACAAUUGAAUAGAGGGCCAGGUACAAAAUCGGUAUCAUUGUAUAUAUCCUGAUAUUCUUCCACCGACAAUGGAAGCUGUGGGAAUCUCUCAAAAUACGACCUAGGAUUUCUACGGUAUAGUAGAUUCCAAUCUUACAGAAAGUGUCAUGAGAAUCAAUCUUAGUUUCCAGCUGUUCUUGCUCUAUAUAGAGUCUAUAGUUGCUGUGCCUGGCCUAUACGAUGCUGUCAUUGUUGGUGGGGGCCCAGCCGGCUUUGUGCUCGCGUCGAGACUCUCGGAGGACCCAGACUUCCAAGUGUUGCUCUUAGAAAAUGGGCCGGAUACAUAUACCAACGAGACCAUCACCACACCGCGGUACGCUGGUCAGCUACAGGGAACCCAGUUUUCUUGGAAUUUCACAUCUACCCCGCAGGCGACCCUGGGCGGGGAGGCACCGUACCUACACCAAGGCAACGGGUUUGGCGGCGGGACGGCGAUAAACAUCAUGGCGUAUUGCCGAGGGGCAAGCUCGGUCUUUGACGAGUGGGCGGAGCUCACAGGCCUAGACGGGUUACGGUGGGACAACUUGGUGGAAUAUUUUGGAAAAAGCACAAAUCUCUUCGUGCCUCCGGACCACGAUUACGACCAGGUCAUCGAUAGGACAAAGUUUGGUGACAGUCAUGUCAAUGUCAGUUACGAAUCGUCUGGACAACGAGUUCCAAUUGACAGCUCGUUUGUGAAUACGUGGCUGGUCAAUGGUGCGCAGAGAGGAGCCGACUUGACAUCCGGGGACGGCAUAGGGAUGAUGAUUGGCGGACCCCGUAGCAUUAAUCCCACGAACUCGACGAGGUCCUAUGCUCUUCCGGCGUAUGGAUUUGAAUUGGCAGCGCGGCCUAACGUCAAAUUAAUGCAUGUAAGCAGAGUUAUUAAGGUGAAUUUUGAGGGAACCAGGGCUAUCGGGGUGGAUUACGUGGAACUCUUGGCCAACAAGACUUAUACCGUGAAGGCAAAAGAGACGAUCGUGAGUGCAGGAGCCGUCAACUCACCUCGCGUGCUUCUCCUCUCGGGGGUUGGUCCGAGACAGCAUCUUGAGGAACUCGGUAUACCUGUCGUGGCCGAGAGUCCAGAGGUAGGUUUGAACUUCUUCGAUCAUCACUACGUCGUCACCAUGUUCAACGCGACACCGGAUAUCAUUACAGCGAAACAGCUGAGAGACCCAGCACUUCUUGCCCCCUUCUUAGCCGAGUAUAGAGAGAAUGCUACAGGACCACUCGCAUCGACGGGCGGUUCCUCGUUCUUCGCAGAGAGACUGUCCGAUGAAAUCCUGGAUGGCCUCGGGGUCAACGUCACCUUUCCGAAAUCUUUGCCCAAGGACCGCCCGCAUCUUUUGUAUCAGUACACAUCCUCGGCAUCACUCCCAGCACCUGACGACGCCAAUGCGAUCUCGGCGUUCUCAGCUCUCGUACAGCCCGAGGCAUCGGGAUCUGUGCGCCUGAAUACCUCCGACUGGCGAGAUGAGCCGCUGCUCGAUACGAACUACUUCGGUUCCGAAUCCGACAUGGCCAUUGCCUUGUACGGCUACCGGCGUCUCCUGACCAUGAUGCGCUCCGAUACCAUGCGCUCGGUGAACGCUAACGAGAUUUACCCCGGAUCAAAUGUCACCGCCGAUGAGGACAUCAAAGCCGCGCUGUAUGGGGCGGCUCGCUCGUUUCAUCAUCCAGCGGGUACAUGCUCUCUCGGAAAGGUUCUGGAUCGGGACUUUAAAGUGAAGGGGACACAGAACCUGAGAGUCGUCGACUCGAGCGCAGUCCCGCGACUGCCUACUUGUCAUCUUCAAGCUUCGGUGUACGCUCUAGCUGAGUUCGCGGCUACGAUACUCAAGGAGGGGCUCCGUGGAGCGGCUGAGGUGGAUAUAUAGUACCUACCCCUAAAUCAUAAAGUUACCUGGGCAGCUAACCUUAAAGCCACACACCAAAUGUUAGUUGCCUGGGUAGGUAGUGAGAUCCGUGCAAAUAGAUCACAGAGGUGUGGAGUUUGAUCUAGCCUUAGAUCUGCACUGUACUUGUACCUACGUACUACCCACAACACCAACAGCUAUCGUGGUGUCAAAUAUUGAUAGCAAGAAGGGUUAAGGUUAGCUAUUCCGUACGGGGGUUGAUGAGGAUAGGCUAUACCUAUUAAUACCUAUAUUUAGCUCAACUCUCCCGAGGGAAUAUGAUCGUUCAAAGUGAGGUACCCAGGCAUCUAGUUUCCCACAUCAGCUUACUAUGUAGGUAGGUAGGUACUAGGCAACUUAAAAGUAAAGGGGCACACAAGGGCGCACAGGGGCACACGAUUAUUUAUUUAUAGGGUUGAGUUUAUAA